AUGGCUUACAGACCCAACAGGGGUAUAUUGCAGUCUUCUCCCACAAAGGUGAGUCGAGCUGGGACUGGGUUUGAAUUUACGCCGGUGGGAGGCCGUCGUUCUACCGCCCAUUCAUCAGACCCUGCUAGGGAAAGAGGAUCUCCUAAAGGAAAGCUGUUUGGAAGUCCCCUGAAACGACCCACGUUACCGGACCUGUCGUUCCUGAACAGCGGAGAUGAAGUCAGCUCCUAUGCAUCAUCGCCGGUGGCGAAGUUUACCGGUGCAGAUAUUUUCUCGGACGACACUCCGCGCAACAAGUUUGAGACCGUGUACAAUGCAGAGACCGCAGGGGUUAACGAAGUCCAAACGGAGAGAAACGAGCUUUCGCGGGAGAACAUAGCUCUAAAGAUUGAGAUUGAAACGCUGAGACAAAUGCUAAAACCUGGAGCGUCGAUGAGAACAGCAGAAUUAGUUCAAAAGUUGAAGAUACAGAAUAUGGAUCUUUUCCAUGAGAACGAGAGACUAUUGGGACAACUGAAUCAGAACCAGGAAAAUAGUUUUGGAUCACCUACAAAGACCAAUGAAACCAGCGAAUUGUUGAUGUCGUUGCGUUCUGAGAACGAAGAGACGAAAGCGACGAUGCGGAAAAUCGCUCUUCAGAGGGACGAAGCACUCCAAGAGACUACAAGGCUACAAGAGUUGCUUCAUCAAUUACAAUCAGAUGAACUCAGACAGGCGGAUUUGAGCCAGGAGAAUUCACAGUUAAAAAACCAACUGGCUGAGAAGGACGAUCGCAUCUACGAUUUGGAGAGGAAAGUACGUCAACUUGAGAACGAUAGAGAUGAGCUACAGACCGACUUUGACGAACUCAAUUACAAAUUGUCAGACAAUUCAGGUGAGAUGGGCAAGAACGACGAUAAGAUUGCUGACCUUGAGGCUGAAUUGAAGGAGAUUACUCAUCGUUUGAGAUCACGCGAAGAAUCUGGUAUGGAGUCUAAUGUCGAACUUCACAAGACACUCGACGACACCCAAAGAAGGCUUGAAGAGACAGAGAUGUUAUUCAGACAUGAAAAAGAGGCUAGCCGAGAACUGGGUUAUGUGAAUGAAAAGCUGAAGAAAGAAAUUGAUGAGUUGAGAGAGGAAAUUGACGAUCUCGAGUUGGAUAGACAGGACCUCAACGAUCUUUGUCUCAAGCUCAAGAAAGAUCAGCAAGGUUCCCUGGGAUAUGCUGGACCUACAGAGAAUCAACAGUACGAACGCGAUUUCUCUGUCUUCAGACGCCAAAACGAAAAACUAAGAGACGAGCUCUUAGCAACUCAGGAUAAACUGAAGGCAAGCUCCGCCAGCACUGAAGACCAUGAGAGGGUUGCAAGUAUUAUCAGUGAUCUCGAAUCCGAAAAUAGAAAGUUGAAAGAGCAGGUGAUGCUGAGUAAGAACUCUGACUCCAAGCUGCAUUCUGAAAGGGAGUACAUCGAGCUACUUGAAGAAAACCAAAUCCAGAGAAAGGAGAUAUCGCAGUUGAAAACCGAUUUCGAACAGGCUACUUCUCACCUCCAGCAACGUCUGGAUACUGCACAAACCAAGUUAUUUGAUCUACAAUAUGCCGCGGCAAGAUCAGAGUCUACGGUAAAGGAGCUCGAGACAGCUGCAAGAAAGACGGUGGAGAAGGAGAAAUCUCAGAUGGAAGAUUUGAUCAAACAGAAGGCCUCUGCGGAUGUAAGACUGAAAAAUGCUUCGCAAGAAAUUGAGUCUCUACAGAGAAAUGUGGAUCUUUUGCGCAAGCAACUAUCUCAACAAUCACCCAGUUCCUUUGACAACACCAAACUGGACCAAGCCCUGAGCGAUUUGGAUGCGGCCCGUAAAUCCAACAGAGAACUCACUAAGGAUUUGUUUGACUCCAACGACAAGCUCAGAGAUUUGGAAAGAAAGUAUUCGCAGGCAAACGAGCAAAGAAACAAGUUGGAUGACCUUGUGGCUUCUCUGGAAAGAGACGUUCAGAGGCUCAAAGAAGAUGGACCCUCUUUGGAUCGCAAGCUACGUUCUUUAUCUCUGGAAGCCAGGGGAAGUCCAACUGAAACCAGACUUAGAGACAUGGUUGAUGAUAAAUCCGAAGAGCUGAACAAUCUCAGACGUGAGUACGACAACAUGAGACACGAUUUGGUGAAAAAAGUGGAACAGGUGGUGGAACAGAGGGAAGGUCUCAAGAUGGAGAAUGAUGAUCUCAUUCGUAGACUGAAGAGCUCUGAAAACGAUAUCUACGAGUUAUCGGCCAAAAUGAGUGAUCUCAGACGGGAAGCAGAGAAGCGGUCUCAGCUCCAAAGUGAGAAUUCAAAGCUCAAGCACGAAUUGGAAGCGAUAAAUUCUAGAGCAUCUUCAAUUCCUGAUCAGUCCAAACCUGCACUUCUGCUUGCAACCCACCAACUUCUACUAUCGAAGUACUCUUCGACUAAAUCCAAGAUGCUGGAUUUGCAGGUCGCAAACUCGUGUCUGGGCUCCAUUGUCAGCGAUAAGAACGAAGAGAUCGCAUUGCUGGAAAGUCGUGGUAUCUACACAGAGCCUCCUAAGAAGGUGACCUGGAGAUCCGUGGCUAUGGUUCUGUGGGCAUCGUCAGUCAUGAUGAAGACUAUCAAGGAGAACAAUAACCGCAAAGCCAAAGAGGAAUCUCUUAAGAAGGAGAUCAGGUCCUUGAGAUAA